AUGGGCGGUGAUCUCUUUUCGAUUCCAGUGUUCUUUAUUGUUUUACGGGAAACCUUGGAAGUGGCUCUAGUAUUAUCGAUCUUGUUCACCUUCAUCCAACAGCUAUUUGAUUCUCAGUCACUUGUAUACCGGCACUUGCGACGUAAAAUAUGGCAAGGCACGCUAAUCGGAUUCGCCAUAAGCGUGAUUAUCGGUACAGCCGUCAUUGUCGUAUGGUACACCGCACUACACAACUUUUGGAGUGAUACCGAGGAUAUCUUUACCUCCGUGCUAUGUGGUGUCGGCGGUGUUUUGAUGACAAUUAUGGCACUUUUCAUGCUGAGAACUGAACGUCUUGAAGAUCGGUGGAAACAUCGACUCGCAAAAACUCUACAAAGCACAUCAAGUAAUCCUUGGAUUCGCUUACAGCAAAGCUCAUUCAUGGUAAUUCCCUUGCUUUCCGUUCUACGUGAAGGCAUCGAGGUGCUGCUUUUCGUGAGUGGUGUUGCUAUCAAUACACCUGUGAGCCAAAUACCCAUCCCUGCUUGCACUGGAUUUGUAUGUGCAAUACUUAUUGGGUACCUGCUCAAUCGUUUCAAGACGGUUUGGCGUGUUCGUCGCUUCUUUGUCUUCUCUUCUAUCCUCUUUUUUCUCAUGGCAGCUGGCCUACUAGCGCGCUCCGUUGGAUACGUUGAAGAUUACUUAUGGGAAAAGGCUAUCGCAAACGUACCUAAUGAGGAAAAUGCUAUCGAAUACAUGGUGACAACAGCAUUAUGGCAUGUCAGCUGGGGCGAUUCUCAGCACGUGACAAGUGAAGAUGGCGGUUGGCAGCUCUUUCGUGCCGUAUUAGGAUGGGACAAUCUUGGUACGAUAUUUACGGUCACCAUGUAUAUCGCGUACUGGGUCGUUGUCAUUGGCACUCUUAUUUAUAUGCAUUGGCAUGAAAGACGUAAGGCUAUUCGUAAAGCUUUGGCCGGUGAAUGGUUCACUGGUGAUAUCGCUUUGGAGAAUGCUGAAGAUUGUAUCGAUCCCAAUGGAGAUAUUAUUGUCAGCUCAGUAGACAGCACAAAGCACAUCCUCGAUCAUCAACAACAACAACAACCCACCAGCGGCUAUACUGAGUCUGGGCUCUCAGCAUUCUUUGCCGGUCGUUUUAGUUCCCUUUAUCGCAAUUCAUUGUCAUCCUCUCAUCAUUAUCGUUAUUGA